UCUGCAGAGUUCUUCGAUAUGCUGGAGAGAAUGCAGGAUGACUAUAUCCCCUACCCACGGAUAGAAGAUGUCCUGGAGAAAGGUGGUCCAUACCCCCAAGUAAUCCUGCCACAGUUUGGGGGCUACUGGAUUGAGGAUGUGGAGGCUCCAGCUGGGACCCCGUCCUCCUCAGAGUCCAGUUUCUGUGAGGAGGAGGAAGGAGGAGAUGGAUUGAGCCCUGGUGGGGGGCACAGCUACCGCCUGGAGUGUAACAGCACAGCCCGAGCCUACCGGAAGCACUUCCUAGGCAAGGAACACAUGAACUACUACUGCACUGGUAGCAGCAUAGGCCACCUCAUCAUGUCUCUAAAACACGAGGAAGCUGAGGGACAGGAGUUUCUACGCAUCAUGCUCAGGUCGAGGACUAAAACAGUCCAUGACAGGAUCUCUUUAUCAGGCAUUAACCAGCUGCCCAGUGUACCUCAGAUUGCAAAGCUUCUGUGUGAUGAUGCCACAGGACUGAAGUUCAACCCGGUCCUGUAUCCUCGGGGAUCUCAGUUGAUAGUGGCUUACGACGAACACGAGGUGAACAACACGUUUAAAUUUGGAGUCGUCUACCAGAAGUUUGGACAGACGUCAGAGGAAGAGUUGUUUGGGAACAAUGAAGAGUCCCCAGCCUUCAAGGAGUUUCUCAGCAUCCUGGGUGGCAACAUUGAACUUCAGGACUUUAAAGGGUUCCGCGGUGGGCUAGAUGUGUCCCACGGACAGACGGGCUCCGAAUCUGUCUACACUGUCUUCAGACAGAGAGAGAUUAUGUUCCACGUGUCAACCAAGCUUCCAUUCACAGAGGGAGACGUCCAGCAGCUCCAGAGGAAAAGACACAUAGGAAAUGACAUCGUAGCAACAGUCUUCCAGGAAGAGCCCACACCAUUUGUCCCAGACAUGAUCGCAUCCAACUUCCUCCAUGCUUAUGUGCUGGUGCAGGUUGAGAACCCUUGUACAGAUAACACAACAUACAAGGUGUCUGUUACAGCGAGAGAGGAUGUACCUCCUUUUGGACCCCCUCUCCCAAACCCAGCUGUCUUUAAGAAGGGUCCUGAGUUUCGAGACUUCCUGCUGACAAAGCUGAUCAAUGCCGAAAACGCCUGCUACAAAUCUGACAAAUUUGCCAAACUAGAGGGACGAACGCGAGCUGCACUGCUGGACAACCUGCACGACGAGCUGCACAGACAGAGCCAGGCUACGCUGGGCCUGGGCCAGGCGGGAGAGGAGGACAAGCUGGAGAACGGGGGGCACGGGGGUCUGCUGGAGUCCUUCAAGAGAGCCAUGCGUGUCAGGAGUCACUCCAUGGAGACUAUGGUAGGGUCUCACCGCCACAGGAGCCCCGGCGUAGGAGGUGGUGUCCCAGCAAGCCUGAGUGGAGGAGGACUGCCGCAGAGCAGCAGCGAGUGCACAAAAAGCACCUUCACUCCUCCAGUGUUGUCAGCCAAGUCUCCCUUGAAGAGUCCAGUAAAACGGCGCUCAGGACUCUUCCCCCGUCUCCACUCCAGCACAGAAACCCCAGACAAACACACCCGCAGUGACCAAAAGCUUGCUGAGAUCUGCCCACAUUCCCAGGAAAUGAGGUCAGAGACAUCAUCCAAUCCCAGCUCACCUGAGAUCUGCCCCAACAAAGAGAGGCCAUUCCUCAAGCUGAAGGAGUGCAGCAGCGGCAGACCGAACAUCUCUCGUUCUUCAUCCAGCACCAGCAGCUUCAGCAGCACCACAGGAGAAACGGAAGCACUGGAAGAACUGGAGACAGCUGGCCACCCCUCCAUAGCGUCCUCCUCUGCCUUUAGUCCUUCCCUCAGUGUUGACAGCCAGGGAUCAGGUACCCCUGUCAUCAUGUGCCGCAGUCCCACAGAUGGUAAAAAUAGGACGUCACCGAGAUCAAACUUGAAGUUCCGAUUUGACAAAAUGAGCCACUCAUCCACAACUUCUGAGUAGCUUAGUGAAGUGGGAAGAAAAAUCAGACUUGCACAACAAAGAGGCAGUCCAGGCUGACGGAGCUGCAAAAGAAAAAAUCACAAAAUAACCACAACAUCAAGACAAAAUCACUGUAGAACCACUUUCCUAAAGCCAAGGAUAUUCUGACAAGAUUCCCAAAUGCACCUGAGUCACCACACACUAUAAAGUAACUGACAAUACUGUGAGUGUAUAGUGAGAAGGAGAAGCAGCUGAGAUGUUGGUUUGGGCCUCUUUUUAACCAGCCUUUAGCUUUAGAAAUCAGUCAAUACUUUGGCAAUGUUACAAGUUGCUGCAUAUCAGUUGUCAACUGUCCACAUCACAUUAAAGUCCUGGAAUGGCUGUGAUACUGUGAGUGUUAGGCUGGGCUCAACUCCGCCUAAGCAUCUUGUUUAGUAGAAUGAUAUGGCUACCUAGAAGAGUGGUAACAUGUCUAUAUGGUCGAAUUGUUGCAUUUUAUCUAGUUGACUGCUGAGCACUCAGUGGAGAGGAUGUCCUCAUGAAAAUCCAUAGUCAGACAUCUGGAUGUUUUCCUUUGCCUUUGCCCUUGAACGGUACAUUUGGCAACAGUUCCUCCUUUGCCUAAAACAGUACACAGACACACAAA